UACGACCGGCUAUUAUAGCAGAAUAUACUUAAAUACAGAGAACAAAUUUGUCAGUUUAUUAUCUGCAUGGUAUGCAACAUUCAGUUUCACACCAAUCAACUAAUCAAAAAAUGUAUACGAACCAUUAUUAUGUAUAGCAAAUUGAUUCUCACAUACUGCCGAUUCAGGUAUGACACCGAGAAACUGGCACAUAAACGGGUUGCGGCUUUCCGCUCAUGUCCAUUUGCAAUGCAUUCAUCAAUUGCAGUUUAUAAUGCCAUUCGUACUCGGUUAUCUAAAUUACCUACUAUAAAGAGUGUUCAUUAUUGUCGAUUAGUCGCUCAUGUGAGGCGUAUUGAGUCACAACCUGAUGAGAUUAUUUACGAAGCAUGUAAUCGUUGUCUAAGAAAACUUGUCAUCACCCAAACGGCCUAUAAAUGUGUACGGUGCAAUCUAACAAAUGCUGCAACUAUUCCAAGAUUAAUGCUUCGACUCAUUAUUUCUGACAAGAGUGGUAAAAUGGGAGUAACAUUGAUGAAUGACCUAACUCAACACAUGUUGCGGUGUACUCCGACUGAAAUCAAAUCACUACUUCAACAGCCUAAUGGAAGAGCAGCAGUUUUCAACAAAGUUAUGAAAGUUUUCGGUUUCAAAGAAUACUCAUGGUUUUUACAUCCACCAAGUAACACCAUGGAGAUUAAUCAGUUCCACACCGUUGAUUACAUAUUUGAAGUUGACUGGGCUGAUGAGUAUGCGUGGAUUUUCAAGAAUAUUAGUUAA